AUGGUCAUUAUCGAACAUUCUUUCGUAGCUCUCGCUAGGUAGCAAGCUAGCGGAUCGACUGUAGCUUCAAACUCAACCGUUUGAAUGCAUUAAUAAACUGAUUCAUACUUAGCUAAGGUAUAUUUUUCGAUAAUAUGGCUUCCGGGAUGACGGGACAAACAUCGUGCUUUAAUAGUAGGUGGGACCAAUCCAGUCCAAGGGCAGGCAGGCUGCAGGGCUUCUUGGGAAGCCUCUCUCACUCCCUCACAGCGCCAGCGGUGUCCGUGCCCAGCUACACCGGCGGUCUGGGCACCAGCACGUCAGUCACCAUGGCCACCAGUUCAUCAUUUGCCAGCACCGUGGGAACGGAGGCGACGCCCCUCACGUCCUUACCCAGAGCCCCGCCCCCAUCAGAAGACAAGCCUGCACCCCAGGGGGGUGUGGAGCUGGCUGCUGCCAUGGCUGCCAAAAUUAACGCCAUGUUAAUGGCCAAGGGGAAGCUGAAGACCCCACAGCCUUUACCUGAUAAGAUUGUCCCUACAGUGACCAUUUCCAGUACUGCAGAUGAAUUGGUUGUCACGGAGGUGGACAUUAAUGAUGUCCCCAUAAACUGUAGGAACCUGCUAACGAAAGGGAAGACGCAGGAAGAGAUCCGUCGCUUUAGUGGAGCAGUAGUGUCAACAAAAGGCUUCUACAUGACCAGUGCUGAAAAGGCCCAAGCCAAAGGAGUAGACCGGCCUUUGUAUUUACAUGUCCAGGGAAAGAGUCAAGAAGAGGUCAACAAGGCAGUGAUGCGCAUUAAGGAGAUAAUUUCAGAGGAUGUCUUGCGGUCGUCGUCGGGACAGCCACGCCCCACUGUCCCCACCCUCACAGUGUAUCCACAGCCUCCCAGACCCGUGGCCCCUCCUCCGCAGCCAUGCGUUCCGACCCCUCCUGUCCCCCGGCCUCCUCCCCCACAGGUCCCAGGGCCCGUGACCCCCCAGAGCCAGAGGUCUCCAGCUCCAUACACCGGCCAUUCAGGGAAUUUCGUGCACACCAAGAUAUUUGUGGGCCUGGAUCAAGCGUUGCCCUCCUUCAAUGUGAAUGAGAAGGUGGAGGGUCCGGGGGGGAGCUACCUGCAGCACAUCCAGACUGAGACUGGGGCUCGUGUUUUCCUCCGUGGAAAGGGCUCGGGGUACAUAGAACAGGCCUCUCGGCGCGAAUCCUUUGAGCCGCUCUACCUGUAUAUCAGCCACCCAAACUCGGCGGGACUAGAGGCUGCCAAGAAGCUCUGUGAAAGCCUGCUGGAAACUGUGCGAGCAGAGCAUGCCCAAAUGGUGUCAGUUUACACCGCGACUGGGUCUACUCAAGCAUACCCAUCUCAUGGAUACCCAGCUAAUAGCAAUUACAGUAGCCCAGUAUCCUGGUAUAACUACCCAUCAAAUGGGUACACGGGCGGCUAUGCAGCAUAUCCAGGAUCCAGUGGUUACUGGAGUAGUGCAAAUGGUCACCCAAGUCAUUCUAACAUUUCGACAACCCCUCAAUCUUCCCAGGCUAUGGUUCAGUAUCCAGUGUGUCCUAGAAAACCACCACCUUACUUGGCACAGGACACUGCGACCACUUACAGCACUGGAAAUGACAGUCCCUCAUCCAGUCCUCCCCAUGCUGGCAGUCCAAAAAGACACUUCAUGGAGGACUCUGCAGAGAGCCUAGCCCAAGAGCAGGGUUGCGGCUCCGCGGCACCGACGGCGAGCGAGCGUCCCCCCUCACCCGUGCCCGGCUGUGACGAAGGGAAAGAUUCGGAAAGAAUGCUGAUGCCCCCGCCCCCACCUCCCCCGGCUGCGAUGCUGCGCAAGAGGCCGCGAGAAGCAGACGGUCCGGCGGGCGCUCGCGCAGAAAUGGGUCCAGGAGAGCCUAUAUCAGUGAAGAAGGCAAAAUCCCAGGAUGCAUCAGGGUUAGUCCCCUAUGGUGGGGAUUCCUCAGAUGAAGAGGAAGACAGGACUCACAGCAGUAAGAAGGCCUCCUUGUAAACUAGCUCAGGCCACCUGUAUUGAGGGUAUAUUCAAGCAUUGCACAUGCAGCUCUGAGCAAGGGAUCUAAGGAUUUGGUCUAGAUUUUUAUCACACACCCACCUUUCCCAAUGAACAAAGGAUUUCCUCGUAGUAAUAGUUCUGUAUUCUGUUCCAUUUUAUUUGAGUUUAAGUGCAUUUCAGCCACCCUCCACCUUUUCAUAUGCACCAAUACACCUGACGCAU